AUGAGGCAGUGGUGGAAGUAUGGCCGCAAGUUCAAGAAGGACGAUGUCAUUGACCUUGAGACCAUGACCAUCGUCGAGGACCAUGGCCAUAUUCGAAGUAAGAAGCCGCGGGCCUUUGGAGCAGACCCGCCAUCCUCACGAAGAGGAAAAAGGCCAUCUUCUGCUGCUGGCUCGAAGAAGCCAAAAACUGGUGGAAAAAGGAAGGCAUCGGGGAGCAAUGCGGGCGUAUCAGGCCCUGCCCCCAAAAGAAGGCAGAUGGAGGAGGAAGCUCCAGCCCCUGGCUCCAAGAAGCCAAAAUCUGGUGGGAAUAGGAAGGUAUCAGAGAGCAAUGGAGGUGCACCAGCUCCUGGCCCCAGAAAGCCCAAGUCUGGUGGGAAGAGGAAGACAGUGGAGAGCAGUGGGGGUGCACAAGGCCCCGCCCCCAAAAGGAGGCAUGUGGAUGCGGAGGAGAACGCUCCAGUGGAGGAGGAAACGCUCCUACCCAGGAGCAAACUGGAGGCAAUCAGGGCUGAACUGAAACAGCUCCAGCGAGGCAUAGCCUCCAACGACCAAGAGAGGGAUGCUCUUCGGGCUCAGCUCGAAGAGCAAGAAAGGCACGAAGAAGAACGUCGAGAAAGACGAGAAAAAAGGGAACAAGAAAGGAAAGAAAGGCGGGAGGAAAAACUUAGAAACAGGCGGGAACACGAAAGGCAGGAGCCUGAACCUGCUCCCGUUUUGGAAAAGCUGCCCCGCAGUUUGAAGAGGUUGCUUUGGUACACAGGUCCAGCUCCACAAAAGAAGCAGCGUACUGAAGAGGUUAAGAUCCUUGCACGUGAUGCCCUGGAUGCCCCCUCCUCAUCAGCAAUCCCCCAGACGGCACACCGCGGACGGCGGCCCUCUUCCUCAUCCUCCUCCACCUCCUCCUUGGAGCCACAGGAGGACAUCAACAUGGAUGCCGUCGACAUAGACUUCACCGCCCAGGAGAACGCACGCCCCUCGGACGUCAUCCCCCCGCCUGCCGCGAGUCGUCCUGUUGCGGCGAGUGAUGGGGACGUGGCAGCGAAGCGGCGGCGCCGCAUUGUAUUGCCGCCGGCGCCCUGCUUGCCUCCCCGGCGAGCGGUGCACCCGGUCGAGCGGUACGAGGCGCCGACCAAUUCGCUGCCUCGCCCCCGUCGCCUGGCGCCCCCAAGCAGGCGUCCGCGACAGCGGGCUGCCACCUACCGCCGCCGCUGA